AGAGCGUUAGGGUUCUCUAAUUCCUCUAAAAAUCCCUUUUUUACAUCAGUGUGUAAAACCCGCCCCCACCCAACCCCACUCUCUCUCUCGAUCUCAAUUCCUCGUCGCAUCUCCUCGCAAAAGCGAUAAUUUUUCCUGUAAUUCGCAUCGUCCCAGCUGGGAAUUGUAUUCGGCUAAAAAUCGGAAGCAAAACAUCAGGGAAUGCUGAAAGAUGUGCUUGAACGCCAGGAUAUUCUCUUCUGAGGAAAAUUUGGGCAUAGCUCGGUUUAAGCCGCGGGCUUUUCUAAUCCUUGAUGAUUUGGGAGUGCAAAUCCACACCCUUCCUGUGCUCCGCAUGUGCGCUCCCGAUGGAGCUACAAAUAUUAAAAAAACCGUCUUUUUAGAUCCCGACCUCGGUGGAGACGGUUGAGUUCUUCUUCGCCUCUCUUUAUAAAAGCAUUUUGUAGAAAAUCCGCCCGAGAGCAGUUAGAAGAAUUGAUUCUGUGCUAUAGAAAUACCGUAGACAUGGCGACGGAAAAUAAGGGAAGCAUUCUGAUGCAAAGAUAUGAGAUAGGGAAAUUAUUAGGGCAGGGAACGUUCGCGAAGGUCUACCAUGGUAGGAACCUUAGUACUUCGCAGAGCGUCGCCAUAAAGGUGAUCGACAAAGAGAAGGUCUUAAAGGUUGGUUUGAUCGAUCAGAUCAAGAGAGAGAUCUCAGUGAUGAAGCUAGUGAGGCACCCGAACAUCGUUCAGCUUUAUGAGGUCAUGGCCACCAAGUCUAAGAUAUACUUUGUCUUAGAGUAUGUGAAGGGCGGAGAGUUGUUUAACAAGGUUUCCAAAGGCAGGCUCAAAGAGGACGCCACGCGAAAGUAUUUCCAACAAUUGAUUAGUGCCGUCGAUUUUUGUCACAGCCGAGGGGUUUACCACCGCGACCUGAAGCCGGAGAACCUUUUGCUUGAUGAGAACGGGAAUCUGAAAAUCUCCGAUUUCGGGUUGAGUGCUCUUGCUGAAUCUAAGAGACAAGAUGGCUUGCUCCACACUACUUGCGGUACACCUGCUUAUGUUGCUCCUGAGGUGAUUAAUAGGAAAGGAUAUGAUGGCGCGAAAGCCGAUAUUUGGUCUUGCGGGGUGAUUCUGUUUGUGCUUAUGGCCGGGUUCCUGCCUUUCCAUGACCCAAAUUUAAUGGAAAUGUAUAGAAAGAUCGGGAAGGCCGAAUUCAAAUGCCCUAAUUGGUUCCCCCCUGAUGUUCGAAGGCUUCUGCUAAGGAUCCUCGAUCCGAACCCUAGUACGAGGAUCUCAAUUGCAAGGAUCAUGGAAAAUCCUUGGUUUAGAAAAGGGCUUGACGACAGACUAAUCGGAUACAAGAGAGAAUCAAAAGAAAUCGUUCCUGCCGAUAUUACUACGGUUGUUAAUUCUUCAGAUGGAGAUGGAAUUGAGGGGAAACAGGAAGCGGGGAGAAUCUCUAACAUGAAUGCUUUUGAUAUCAUCUCUCUUUCCGCGGGCUUUGAUCUUUCUGGUUUGUUCGAGCAGACCGACCAACGGAGAGAAGCGAGAUUCACAUCGAGCAAACCGGCUUCGACUAUCAUCUCCAAGCUAGAGGAAAUUGCGAGGGGUUUGAGGUUUAAAGUGAAGAAGAAGGACGACGGGGUUUUGAAGUUGGAAGGAUCAAAAGAAGGGAGAAAGGGUGUUUUGGCCAUCGAUGCGGAAAUCUUCGAAGUAACUCCUACAUUUCAUUUAGUAGAGAUAAAGAAGACUAAUGGGGAUACACUGGAGUAUCAGAAGGUGUGGAAACAAGAAUUUAGGCCGGCGCUUAAAGACAUUGUUUGGGCUUGGCAAGGUGAGCAGCAGCAGUAAAACAUGCUGAGAACUUCAAACUAUCUGGAGGCAAUUGUUGUUUUUUGUUCAGAGAAUCUGUAGAUGUGUUUUGCUUAUUGUAUUUCUUAACAUUAUUGCACUCAUCCUGCAAGUAUAGUAGCUUUGUGUGCUUUGUAUCAAGUUCGUAAUGGAUGUUUAAUUCGACGCAUGCUUGUCACAUUUAUUCUUUGAGAACAAUGUGUUGUUUAGUCGUAUUUUUAUUGGAUC